UGACGUGUGACCAGUUGAACAUUUAUUUUUUGUUUACGUUUACACCGCUGAAUUGUCAUUGUACUUAUAAAAACGUUUGUCACAGCAGCGCGGCUGGCAGAGCGGUUCGGCAUUCACAAGCUUUGGAUCUGGCAAACUUUCGAUCCACAUCCCACUGCAAUUAGAACCCGAUAUCGGGCAUACAGUAAUUCGUUUUAGCCGCUACGCUCACUUGUCAUUGUCGGUGAGAGUCUUUUGAUCACCUGGUGGUUCUCUCGCUUACACAGACACGCAUGCAGGCACACAGGUAAAUACGCACACCAAGUCAUCAGAAUCAACAGCAGCAGCAGCAGCGGCAGCGACAGCGGCCAUUUGAACCGAAAAUUCUUCUUUGGGCCGCAUCGCGUUCUUGUGUGUUGAGCUCUUCUUCUUCGCGAGCGAGGCGAGGCGUUAACUUGCUCUAAUCACGGUCCGGUGUCGGCAUCUGGCUGGCUUUGUUGCUCUUACAUUGGUGGUCGCGUAGCCGCGCGCUUAGACACGUCAACAGAAUCGCGGAGGGGCGUCGAGCUAGCCAAACGCUAAGAACUGGUACGAAUAUGCGUGUCAGCCACAUCCGCAGCGGGCGCAUCUGCCGAGUGGCCCUGUGCCUGCUGGUCAUCCUGCCGCUGCUCUACCUCCUGGCCAACUGGAGCGACCACCACAAGCGCGUCGAAGAGGCCUAUCACUCCCGUUUUGGCGGGCCCAAGUUCAGUCACCAGCGUCUUGAGGGUCGGCCCCACGAAGUGCCCAAGCUAGUAGAAGGCCUUGGUAACUUCGAGCCGAAAGAUCUGAAGCCACGUAGCGGACCCGGCGAGAAUGGGGAGCCCCACAGCCUGUCGCCGGACAAGAAGAACGUUGCUGACGACUCCGAGAUGGAGUAUGGAAUGAACAUCGCCUGCUCCAAUGACAUUUCCAUGCAUCGGUCGGUGCGCGACACGCGCCUCGAGGAAUGCAAGCACUGGGACUACCCGUACGACCUGCCACGCACCAGCGUCAUCAUCGUCUUCCACAACGAGGGCUUCUCGGUGCUGAUGCGAACCGUCCACUCGGUGAUUGACCGCUCGCCCAAGCACAUGCUCCACGAGAUCAUCCUCGUGGACGACUACUCGGACAAGGAGGACCUUCGCAGUCACCUGGACGAGUAUUCGAAGCAGUUCAAUGGCCUGGUAAAAAUCAUACGCAACAAGGAGCGCGAGGGCCUCAUUCGGACGCGAUCCCGCGGAGCCAUGGAGGCGACAGGUGAGGUGAUUGUGUUCCUUGAUGCCCACUGCGAGGUGAAUCUCAACUGGCUGCCACCGCUGCUGGCGCCCAUCUACCGUGACCGCACCGUAAUGACGGUGCCCAUUAUCGACGGCAUCGACCACAAGAACUUCGAGUACCGGCCCGUGUACGGGACGGACAACCACUUUCGCGGCAUCUUCGAGUGGGGCAUGCUGUACAAGGAGAACGAGGUGCCCCGCCGCGAGCAGCGACGUCGAGCCCACAACUCGGAACCGUACCGCAGUCCGACGCAUGCCGGCGGGCUGUUCGCCAUCAACCGCGAGUACUUCCUGGAGCUGGGCGCCUACGACCCCGGCCUGCUGGUGUGGGGUGGCGAGAACUUCGAGCUGAGCUUCAAAAUCUGGCAGUGCGGCGGCAGCAUCGAGUGGGUGCCGUGCUCGCGCGUCGGCCACGUCUACCGCGGCUUCAUGCCCUACAACUUCGGCAAGCUGGCCAGCAAGAAGAAGGGCCCGCUGAUCACCAUAAACUACAAGCGCGUGAUCGAGACGUGGUUCGACGACACGCACAAAGAGUACUUCUAUACGCGCGAGCCGCUGGCCCGCUACCUGGACAUGGGCGACAUCACCGAGCAGCUGGCCCUGAAGAAGCGCCUCGGCUGCAAGUCGUUCCAGUGGUUCAUGGACAACAUCGCCUACGACGUCUAUGACAAGUUCCCCGGCCUGCCGGCCAACCUCCACUGGGGCGAGCUGCGCUCGGUUGCUUCCGACGGCUGCCUGGACUCCAUGGGCCACCAGCCGCCGGCCAUAAUGGGACUCACAUACUGCCACGGCGGCGGCAACAACCAACUGGUGCGCUUAAACGCCGCCGGCCAGCUGGGCGUUGGUGAGCGCUGCGUUGAGGCGGAUCGCCAAGGCAUUAAGCUGGCCGUCUGCCGCUUGGGCACCGUCGACGGACCCUGGCAGUACAACGACCACACCAAGCAUCUCAUGCACCGCGUCCACAAGAAAUGCAUGGCCCUGCACCCCACCACGCAGCAGCUCACGCUGGGCCACUGCGAUGUCAACGAUAGCUACCAGCAAUGGUGGUUCAAGGAAAUACGUCCGCGCUGGUAAGAGGACAGACCUACGGAGCAGCGGGAGGAGGAGCAGCAGGCGAAGGCGUGCGGAAAUGGAGUAGUACGCAACCGAGCAGCUAAUGCAAAAUCUCAAUAGGGUUUCAUCAAGGCCGUGCGCGUGGGAGCCGUCGAGCGGGCAGGGGAGGGGAGGGGACGAGCCAGAUUUUAGACAAAAGCAAUUUAGUGAAAAUGAGAAAUGAGAAAUGGAAUUGUUGUUGGUUUUGUAGCGCAUAUACAUACACACAUACAUACAUACAUACAUACAUACAUACAGAUAUACACAGAAACGCACUGUCAGGGCAGGAGGCACAUAACGCUGGCAUCCCGUCGGCAGUGGCGCUGGGUCCGACCAAGGCAUUAAAUGCCAUGGGAUAUAAGGGGGAGAAACACUUUAAGACACCUUUUGAAUGAUAUUACUUGUACAACAAAUUCCGAAAACGAUAUUCAGUAUUUGAUAUCGAAGUGUGAGCGAGAUAUAUGGGGGGGGAGUAGCUCUCAAUUAAAUGUUGUGUGUUGCCUAGAGAUUGUACAAGCUAAUCUAACAACAUUUGUAGUGCAUACAUACACAUAUAACCAACCAUGUUUAGAAUCCGUCUUAAAAAUAAUGUUACUCGUGAAGCAUUCAAUAUUCAUAGUCACGUUUACUUAGUAGGAUUAGGGAUAGCCCAUCCCAUUGCCAAGUAUUGUUUAGGAUCUUCAAGAUCACCUUUGCAUGUGUCCGAAUGUUAGCAGAGAAAUAUUCUAAAUUUAAAAUUUCAACUCGAAACAUACGAAAUGAAACAUGCAUCAGAUACAUGUACAACGAGGAGAAUGUGGCAGGAAAUAUGUAUUAUAUGGGAGUAUGUCAAUCGAGAAAUCUCAAUAUUUGUAUCAAAUUCAAUCAAUUAAUCAAGAACCACAAUCAGGACCUAGGGCGCCGCUAGGCUGUAGGGAUUGCCAUGCCCAUGUCCUCUCCUCCCAUGUCAUGUUUUAUUAGUGCGCCUGAGUGAGUGACAGUGAGAGUGAGAGAGAGUGCGAUAGAUGGAGAUGAAAGCGAGGGAGACGGCGUUAGAAGGAGGAGAAGUCGUUGUGCAAUAGAGAACGAUAUACAUAGAAUAUGACAACGGGUCGCAGAUUGUUUUAUUUGCUUUAUGAUUGCCAACCCUACACACAAAUAACACAAAACAAAAAACAAAACAAAACAAAACAAAUCGAUGUAAUUAUGCUUAGUCGUAUAUGCUAUGCUAUAUGCUAUAUGCUAUACUAUUCCUGUUAUUCUGAUUCAACUACUUAUACGAGUACUACUUCCCAAGAUUCGAUGAUGCUGAUGCUGAUGCUGUCACAUUCCAGUCCGGGAUCCAAUCAAGUCACCAGCUACAGCUACGGAAUCACCACCAGAGAGAGCUUCCAUUCCAACCAUCAUAUAAUUCGUUCUUCGUUAUUCCCUUUGUACUAAGCAAACGUAAUCGCAAUCGCAAUCGUAAUCGAAAUUCGAAUCCGAUCAACUUUUCGACUGGCCAACAUCUAACGGUACUGCUUAUAGUGUACGAUUUUUGAAAACAAUUUUUUACAUUGAAAUGUAACUCUAGAGUUAUCGAAUAAGUCUGAAUAAUAGCAUAGAAAUAAACAUGUUUUCUAAACACUUUAUCUUGUAA